UUCUAAUGGCAUCUCCCUGCCCCGCCCCUACUACAUGGCAGACGAGGAUGAUGAGCGACCCUUCAUCUGCUCUCUUGCCCAGGACAACGGCAUCAUGGCGUGCACCGACGUCCCGGCCCGCCGAGAACUAGGACGCACCUGCUGCCUGGACAAGGACGAUCAACCCCAUAAAGGAGCGAUCAACUUUGACAAUAUCGCCUAUGCUUGGAUCGUCAUCUUUCAGGUGAUCACUCUGGAGGGCUGGGUAGAGAUCAUGUACUAUGUAAUGGAUGCUCACUCCUUCUACAACUUCAUCUACUUUAUACUGCUCAUCAUCAUUGGUUCUUUCUUCAUGAUCAACCUCUGCCUGGUGGUGAUCGCCACCCAGUUCAGUGAGACGAAGCAGCGGGAGCACCAGCUGAUGCAGGAGCAGAGAGCCCAGGCCCACUCCUCCUCUACUCUAGCCAGCAUGACUGAGCCCUCGGCAGGCUGCUAUGAGUCAGUCUUCCAGCUGGUCUGCCACGUCCUCCGCAAGGCCCGCAGGAGGUCCAUGGCGCUCUGUAACCGACUGUUGGGGAGGCCCAAGGAGGUGAAAGGAGCAGGGAGAAGCAGAGGAGGAGGAGGAGAGAAGACUAACGUGAAUGGAGGAGGAAGAGGAGGAGGUGGAGAGAGUAGAGGGCUGCACAGACAGGCGGUCCACUGUCCCCACCACACCAAGCCCGACCAUGCCUCCCCAGGCGACUCCAUUGCCCUCACUGUCGCCCCCGCCACCGACGGCUGCCCUCAUUGUACCGUGGCCCUGUCAAUCAGCGACGGGGAGGGACCUGCCGGCAGCCUGGCCAAUGAGGAGGCGGAGGAAGGAGCUUUGGAGGAGACAGACGGGGAGUGCAGCCAAUGUGGCGCCGGGAAGGAGGAAGUGAAAGGCGGGGCUGCCGCUAAAGAUUCUGGGGGAUGUAGGCGGGGGUGUGGGGAGCUGUGGGAUGAGACGAGGUUGAAGUUGUUGGGGAUCGUGGAGAGCAAGUACUUCAAUAGAGGAAUUAUGAUCGCUAUCCUCAUCAAUACCAUCAGUAUGGGCAUCGAACACCACAAUCAACCUGAGGAACUAACCAAUGUGUUGGAGAUCUGUAACAUAGUAUUCACUAGUAUGUUUGCCAUGGAGAUGAUUCUGAAGAUAACAGCGUCCGGAUGUUUCAGCUAUCUGAGAAACCCCUACAACGUGUUCGACGGUGUCAUCGUCAUUAUCAGUGUGUGUGAGAUCAUCGGCCAGUCUGAUGGAGGUCUGUCCAUAUUGAGGACCUUCAGACUCCUUCGUGUCCUAAAGCUAGUAAGGUUCAUGCCCGCGCUGCGCAGACAGCUAGUGGUCCUGAUGAAGACCAUGGAUAAUGUGGCUACCUUCUGUAUGCUGUUGAUGCUGUUUAUCUUUAUAUUCAGGCGCUUCAGUUCCACUUCAGAGUGCAGAGGUAUACACAGGAGAGAUGGAUUAUAA